AUGGAAUGCUAUGUACAGAAGUUCAAUAACGGCACUUUAGCCCCUUUCCAGUGCAACAACGUCAACGGCUCACACAACUUGAUCACCGGUGUAUUGGAAUACUCAGAGUACGGAUAUGAACCUUCUCACGCUUUUACUUACCUCUUUAUCGCUCUUUUUGGCAUUGGCUUUGUCGCACACACCUUGCUCGCUGUCUAUUGGAGGACUUGGUGGUGCCUUCCUACCCUCGCCGCAGGAGCUGCAGUCGAGACGAUCGGAUGGGGAGGACGAGUGUGGAGUAUAAUCUCAUGGGUAUGGAGUCCAAAUGAAGGAGGUCUUUGGUUCACCGAGUUCAAUUCAUUUAUCAUUCAAAUCGUUUGUCUGGUCAUCGGACCAACUUUCUUCUCCGCGGCUAAUUAUAUUCUGCUCGGCAAACUGAUUGUAAACGCUGGUCCAUCAUAUAUCUCAUUACACAACCAAUCAUUUUCAACACUGUUUAUCAUCGCCGAUGUCGUCUGCCUCGUUAUCCAAGGUGCUGGUGGUGGUAUCGCCGGCACUGCCAAUACUUCUGCAGGAUCAGAUAACGGUGCCUACAUCAUGACCGGGGGUGUCGUCCUACAACUCGUCAUUACAGUCAUUUACAUUGGCUUUUUCACGGAAUGGAUCUGGAGAAGAAGCCAUGAUCGACCUGCACCAAGACAAUACAACCCUUUUUCUCGUUUCCACAAAAAGAAGGCCAACGUACAGUUAUCUCCUUCGGCCACCCUGCUCAAUGAGUCUUCGGCUUCGGAUUCACCUUCUAUCGGCAUGACCAAUAUGAAACCUGAAGAUGGGUACAGUGCUGCUAACACUGCUCCUGUCCGUGACACCCCUCAUAUGAUAUCUGAGAAAAAGAUCAAGUUGAUGUGUGGAUUGAUCAUUUUGGGUACAUCCCUCAUUGUCGUCAGAUCUCUAUAUCGAUCCGUAGAACUCACCAAUGGAUGGGAUGGUGCCAUUGCAAGAAACGAAGCUCUUUUCUUAGGCUUGGAUGCUCUCUUAAUGGCUCUAUUUGUCAUUGCAUACGGUGUCAUCCAUCCCGGAUUGGUUUUUGGCAAACGACUUUUCUGA